AUGGAUAAAAUUAUAUGCAGCGGUAGAUCUCGCAAAAUUUUCAAAGAGUACAGUGAAAACAAUCGUUUCGCGGUGAAUCUGAUUGAAAAACAGAACCAGAUAGACAUGUUGAAAGUGCUUGACUUAUUGGAACAAAUGCGACAGAAUUGGGAUUUUGAAAAAAUGAGAGCAGAAGCUAUGGAGAAGGAGCUUGACCAGAGGAAUAAGGAAAAAGACGGAUUGCGAAAAGAGAUGCGGCUGUACAGAGAGCAGCUUCGUGAUGCUCGGAACCAGAUUGCAGCUCUAAUGUCUGACAGGAAAAGCAUGGAACAUGAUAUUGCUGAAUGGGAAAGGAAAUUCGAACUUGUCAGUGAUCUUUUGAAGGAUCAUUCACAUCUGAGCACAGAGGAUCGACAGAGGCUGUUCGCGAGCAGCAGCAUACUAAAUAAAAAACCUAUAAAACGACGGGACACUCGUAGUACACGUCCGAGUUUCUCACGCGGUUCAUCAGAUGGGGAAAACAUAGACUACGACAAAACUGUCGAUAUAUCUGAUAGUUCAUCAAAUGAAAUGGACGAAUCACGUUUACGGAAUGGAAAAGUUUACAGAAGGCAAGUGAUGGCAGUUUAUUCGAAUUCAGUUCCUGGUGAUAAAAUUAAUUGA